UCUUAUAAACCUCAGGCGCUCGCACGGGCAGCCUGGAGGAGAGGGUCCUUUUUCCCUUAGCGGAUGAAGGUGUGUGGCGGCGGCUCAGUUCAUGUUUUUAGCCCGUUUCUUGGUAAAGAUGGCAGCCAACAAUGUAGUGCUGAACAGACUGGAGCAGAAGGGUGCAGAGGCCGAUCAAGUUAUUGAAUACCUCAAGCAACAAGUUGCACUGCUCAAGGAGAAAGCUAUCUUGCAGGCAUCUCUCCGAGAAGAGAAGAAGCUCCGUGUGGAAAAUGCUAAACUGAAGAAAGAAAUUGAAGGGCUGAAACAGGAGCUGAUUCAAGCAGAAAUUAGAAAUGGAGUAAAACAGAUUGCAGUUCCUCCUGGUACAAGCAUUUCUACAGCUUCGUUUUCAGAUGAUGUUCCACAACCUACAGCAGUUGCAUCAUCUCCUGGUUCCAAAGAUCAAAUUAAAGGUGAAGAUGAAGAAAAGAAAAAGAACGAAAAAGUAGAAAAAAAAGGUGAAAAGAAGGAGAAGAAACAGCAGCCAGCUGCUGGAAGUAUUGAUGCAAAACCUGUAGAUGUUUCUCGUCUGGAUCUUCGUGUUGGCUGCAUUAUUACUGCUGGAAAGCAUCCGGAUGCAGACUCUCUGUAUGUUGAAGAAGUGGAUGUUGGUGAAGCAAGCCCAAGGACUGUUGUCAGCGGUUUAGUGAAACAUGUUCCUCUGGAUCAGAUGCAGAAUCGGAUGGCGAUACUACUCUGUAACUUAAAGCCUGCAAAGAUGAGAGGAGUAGUAUCUCAAGCAAUGGUGAUGUGUGCCAGCUCCCCAGAAAAAGUGGAAAUUCUGGCUCCCCCACCCGGGGCAGUACCUGGGGAUAGAAUCACUUUUGAAGGUUUUCCUGGAGAUCCUGAGAAGGAGCUUAAUCCGAAGAAGAAGAUUUGGGAGCAAAUCCAACCUGAUCUUCAUACCAAUGACCAGUGUGUUGCUACGUACAAAGGAGUUCCAUUUGAAGUAAAAGGGAAAGGAGUCUGCAGGGCAGAGACCAUGGCAAACAGUGGAAUUAAAUAAAUAAAUGGUUAUUAGAAGCUUUUUCAGAUGUUGAAAUGGAAAGUAACGCAAGCAUAAUAAAAAACCAUCAAUGUAUUACCCCUCCGAAA